CGCUUUGGAAUCGCGGCUCGCAGCAUGCUCUACGGGACGUUCCGCGCGGGAACCGACGGUGCGCUGGCCCGCCCAGCGCUCACAGCUACAGCCGCCAAGGCCUUGCUUCUCGCCUUCUUUCUCUGGGGCGUCGGCGUGCUCGAGACGUCGAGCGUCCCGCUGCGUCUACCCGACACAGUAGCCUCGGUUCGCCUGCCGAGCCCAUCGUUCCUCGAUGUACAACGCUCUUUUGACGUCAACUGCUGGGCCACGGCUUCGGCCUCGUACUCUUAUCUGUCGUCGGCGACAGUCGACGACAAGGCUAUCUGGACAUCGCACUCGGGUCUUGUAGUCGCCUUGGAGUCUCUCGCUCCUCCAACGUGCUUGGCAUCAGUCGAUCUUGACGUGACGAUGGUGUUUGUGGACGGGCGAGAGCUCCCGCCGGUCACACAGCCAGCGGUAGCUGUUACGCAAUUGGCCGCUGACACCCGUGUGAACUGCGCCAUCGUCGCACGCGCCUUUGACCUCGGCUACACUGGUGUUGUCUUCCACACAACGACAGAAACCUCUUCCCGGGUGAUUUGCCCCGCAAUCACCGCGGCUCUAGACAUCACUCCCGGAGCUCCGUUUGUCAAGGGCGCACCGCGCUUGAGUCUCGGAGCUGCCCGUGCCCGCCACCUCGUGCCUGCGUACAUCAGCCUCGUCGAUACCGCCGCGUUGACGUCGCUCCGGUCGUCACACCAAGACGGCACACUGCACUUGCACCGGACGUGCGACAUCCAAGUCCAGACAGCACCGACCCUCACCGGCCACCUAUUGUCGCCCAAGACGACGGCAAGUGGGGCCGUUGCGCUUGGUGCGUAUCUCGAUGACGCGUCGCAUGCUGAGUCAGUCGCCACAGUUGCAAGCUCCUUGCGUGCGCGCAUGAAUGCUGGCUGGACACCCAACAAGAAUGUUCUGCUAGUCGUCUGGCCCAACAAAGCGAGUGCGGUCGAGUGGCUCGAAGACCCCGCGAACGCGCACGUGACGGUACUGCAUGUGGACGAGGCAUCCUCCACCACCGCUGGCACCCGCGUUGACGACACACCCACGGUCGAUGCCGUCAACAUGCCGCACCUCCGCCGCGCGGCCUCGGCGGCCGUCAUCAUCGACACUCUGGUCGCGAUGGCCGCAUAAGGCAGUUGCGAUACUCCAGUUUGACAAUACAACUCAGCGUUCGUGUUAGCA